CUGUUCUGAUUGGACGAUGGAACUUACGCUCAGCUCAUCCAAUGAACGAGCAGCUCUCCGCUAUAUAAACACGUUCCGCCGCCGUUGAGUUACAUUCAGUCAAAUAAACCGAACAAUAAAGAUGUCUGGUCGCGGUAAGGGAGCCGGUAAAGUCAGAGCAAAGGCCAAGACUCGUUCCUCCAGGGCCGGACUCCAGUUCCCGGUGGGCCGAGUGCACAGGCUGCUCAGGAAGGGCAACUACGGGGAGCGCGUCGGCGCCGGAGCUCCGGUGUAUCUGGCGGCGGUGCUGGAGUAUCUGACCGCUGAGAUCCUGGAGCUGGCUGGAAACGCCGCCCGCGACAACAAGAAGACCCGGAUCAUCCCCCGGCACCUGCAGCUGGCCGUCCGCAACGACGAGGAGCUCAACAAGCUGCUGGGCGGAGUGACCAUCGCUCAGGGCGGCGUGCUGCCCAACAUCCAGGCGGUCCUGCUGCCCAAGAAGACCGAGAAGGCCGCCAAGAAGUAAAGAAGCGACUCAACCGACCCAACGGCUCUUUUAAGAGCCACACAACCUCCACUGAAGAGAAACUUCCUUUAUUCACACUUUACCAUCUUAAAUACAACAUUUAUAUAUUUAUAUAACCUGAAUUAAACUCAGGUUGGGGAGGGAACCUUUCCUAAACAAAGUAUCACUACAUCCUCUAUAAUAUAUUACAUUAAUCUUUAUCAGUCUGUUAGUAAGAUGUUACUGCAUACAGCCUGAUAAUAGGCUGAAUGUGACAUCUUGAUCUGCUGUAAACUAAUAAAUAUACCUUAUUGAUUACCCUGA